AUGGUAGCGAAUGAAGUUAUAUUAUUAUCAUCAAAUGAUAACUCUAUUUAUUUGUACGAUUUGAGAAAUGGUAGUUUGCACACUACUUAUCACGGAGGCAAUGCAGAACUCAAUGGUCUGUGUAUGGUAGGCACCGAACACUUUGUAGCGUCACAGGCCAACAAGGCAAUGGUACACUUCUACUCAUGGCGCAAGGACCAGCCACUGUACAAGACCCCAGUGCAGGAGCGCGGCGGUCCACUCGCCGCCACCGCCGACGCCAACUACGUGUGCAUGGGCACGGCGUCCGGCUCCAUCUACCUGUGGGAGGCCGCCACGGGCGCUCUGCUGCGCGUCUGGGAGGCACAUUACAACAAGAUCACAUCAAUCACAUUCACUCGCGACGACGCCUUCCUGCUGAGUGGCGGAGACGACGGCGUCGUCAACUGCUGGUCGCUCGAGAGCAUCUUGGACCGCGAGCAGACCGUGCUCAGAGUGAACAGCUCGUUCUCAGAUCAUGCGUUGGGCAUCACUGGCAUUCACUGUGGCUAUGGCAAUGGAGGCAAUGUGCGAGUGUACACCGUGUCGCUGGACAGGACGUGUCGUGUGUGGGACCUGGUCCAGGGCAAGUCGAUCGCGUCCAUCGUCUUCCCCACCAGUCUGACGUCGGUGGCAGUUGACUGUGCCGAGACGGCCGUGUAUGUUGGCGCAUCCGACGGCAUCAUCUACGAAACAGACCUCAUCACAUUGAAUCAGGCGGCCAAUGAAAGCGCUGCGUCAAACAUGUCGUUCGUGUCCAAGACCGCGUCCGAGAUGAUGGAGCGCGCCAAGAAGACAUUCAUCGGCCACAACAGCAAGUCGAUCACCACGCUCAAUCUAUCGAUCGAUGGAUCACUGCUGAUAUCGGGCGCCACCGAUGGCUCGGUCAACAUCUGGGACACUUUCAGUAGACAGGUGAUGAGAACAAUCUCCACAAUCAAGGGUGCCAUCACAUCGAUCAACGUGAUGCUCAAUCCAAUCGACCUGCUCAGCAUCAACAUGGCCGGAGACAAUCGCAAGCAAUACGAUCCACUCCAACCAUUCGAGAAGUACAAGUCCACCGAGGAUCGUCUGCGUACAGUAGUCAUGCGCAUCAAGGCCACCACCACUCCCAACGACUCCUUUGCCAGCAGAUCCAAUCAAUUCAUGGGUCCAUCAAGCAGUAGUUUAGAUAUACAUUAUGAGGUACGUUUAGUCGCCCUCGGCCCUCCCCUCGACCCUCGCCCUAACCUUCUCCUACCCCAACAACAGAAGAGCAAUGGAAACAACACAGAUGAGUUGGCCAAGUUGAAGGCAGAGAUAGAGGAAUUGAAGAAGGUGAAUAAGAAGUUGGUCGAUCGUAUUGUUACAGAGACUGUGAAGGAAGGAGACAUUAGGCCAUCGGCAAAGGUCGUCAAGGAGAAGAUAAAGAAGUUGGACAAGAUGACAGCAGAGGCAGAGGCAGUCAUUGCCAACACCACCAACGUUGUUGUACCCAAGAAGAAGAACAACAUCAAGAACAACACUCCAAAAAAGGCCGCUGGUGGAAAGGUGGCCAUAAAGAAGAAGGCACAGCUGGCAACUCUU